ACCAUCCGGAAACACGACGCCUCCCAUCAGAGCGGAGAAACAGGACGGAGCGAGUCCUCCUCGGCCCACCCGUGCCGUGGAAGCAGCCGUCAGAGUGGAGAUGAUCCACUCUUUGUGUGUGUGUGUUGGACAGCACCCUCUCCUGUCUGUCAUUAAGGAUGCUUCUGUGUUUCCUCUGAAGGAGGUGUCAAGGAGGCGCUGCCGUGUCCUCCCAGGAAGCUGUAACCUUUGCUGGGCUGCAGCUGUCUGUGCGGCUGCAGGGGGCGCUGUGGAGCAGCUGUCAGACUGCAGAACCUCAGAGGAAGACGGACGGCUGCCUGCUCGCGCUUUUUUGUGCUUUUUUCGCUGGUUUAACGGAUAAAAACGACUCGGUCACCAUGGCAACAGGCCGGCUGGUGGAGGUGUACCUGGACCUUCUGUCGCAGCCCUGCCGGGCGGUGCACAUCCUGCUCACCUGCACCAAAAUCCCGCACAGAGUGCGCACCGUGGCGCUGCGGAAAGGUGAGCUCGACGCCAUCCUGAAGUACCUCACCACCAAGUACGAUGUCCCAGAGCACUGGUAUCCACGGCAACCAGAGAGACGAGCCCGAGUGGACGAGUACACAGCGUGGCAUCACACCAACACACGACCGCACGCUGCUAAAGUCUUCCUCCUGGAGGUGCUGCUCCCAGCCCAGUCUGGCUCUCCGGUGGAUGAGGCCCGUUUGAAUCGCGCUCUCUCCGACCUCGACGACACGCUGGAUAAACUGGAGUCCAUGUUUCUUCGCCGCCAGCCUUUCCUCUGCGGUGAUGACAUCACUGUGGCCGACCUGCUCGCGGCGUGCGAGCUCAUGCAGCCUCUGGGCGGGGGCAGAGACGUCCUGAAGGAGCGUCCUCAGCUGCAGCAGUGGAGCACUCGAGUCCAGUCGGCCGUCGGCGAGGCAUUUGACGAAGCGCACAGCGUCCUGUAUGCCCUCAGAGACCGCCGCCGAGCCCGUCUGUGACAUCUGCACGAGGGGGAGGAGUCAGCCGAGGGUGUGAGGAGGAUGAAGGAGCGGCUCACUUUGAUUUGUCUGCUUUAAAAACCUCAGAGGCC